AUGGGAAAUUUCUUUGCUAAGAAAGAGUUCAAGAAGGGGUAUCAUUGGCCUCUUAAUGAGUUUAUUGUGACGGAUAAUGAUGGAUGGAUUGUUGUUUAUAAGAAGACUUGUCUUUUAGAUCGUUCUACUGAGGUGAAUAGCCAGGUUGCUCAUUUUGUAAAGUGGUCAUUGAGGCUUAAGAAUGAGUUUAAGAUGGAUAAUAUAAAUCCAGGGUUUGCUGGAAUUGGGAUUGUAUCCAGCGGAUUUAUAUACGAAGCAACCAAAGAUGGAUUUGUCAAGAAUGAGAUUAUCUCCAGACUUAAAGAGUUAAAGAAUCAAAAUUGAAUUGUGGCUGUUAAGAAGGCUCUAAUAAAUAUUAACCCAGAUAAUUUUAGAGAAGAGGAAGACUCUGAUGAUGAUGAUAAUAGACCACAGAGAAUUGAGAACGAUCAGUUCCCCCCAAGUCUUUCUGUCAAGUUAGACGAAAUGAUAGAAAAAUAUGGCGACUUCUCAUCAAUGUCUCUCCAAUUUGAUGACCACUUUUUGACAGAAGUUCUAAAAAGAACCAAGGAAAUCCUCAACCACAUCAACAGAACGGAUGGAAAUACUCUUUAUGACGCAUUGAAUGUAUUCUACGACUUUUUCGCUGGAGAUGAUAAAAAGCUUCAGACUGACGAACUUUGCAAACUACUUGACUUUCUGAAACUUCCAGAUGAUAUGCUUGCUCCCUACAUAAGAGAAGUCUGAGAUGAAUUACUCAGAGAAGAUCCUCAUAAUGAAAAGGAAUAUGACUUCCAAGGAACUUGUGAUAUUUUAGAAAAAUAUGAAAUUAUUCAACAAUUUGAAUUGAACAAGUUCGAAAAAGAGUCAACCUUUAACUGCCAAUUUUUCCUCAGAGUCCUACAUGAGAUUGGUAUGAUAGAUCUUAGAAAGAACCACCUAAAGUUUGAUGAAGAUGCUUACAACCAGAGCAUAGAGAUGAGAAGAGAGCAACAAGAGAAUAUGGAAGAUGGCGAUGAACUCAUUGACAAGAAUAUUCCUGUUGAAGAUGAUCCUGAAUACAUCAUUACUGAUGUAAACGACUUGAUUCUCUCAAAGAAAAAGACUCUCAAGAAAGUAUUCUGUAAAGGAUACAGAUAUGCAAAGGAAAGAGUUCUAUACAUGGAUUAGAUAAUUUCCGUUUCAAUAACGCCCACCAA